AUGCGAUGGGGCGUGCGUGACGAGGCCACAGAUGAUCAUAUGACUACAGAACUCUGCAUGAGAGAAAUCAAGAACUGUCAGCGUCUCUCCAUGGGGCCUAAUUUCGUUGUAUUUCUUGGACAGAAGUAUGGUUACAGACCGAUCCCUACCUACGUGCUGUCUUCGGAGCUCCAAAUGCUCCGAGAGGAGUUGGUCGCAGGUGGGGUGGACGUGAUUCUAUUGGACACAUGGUACAAGAAGGAUUCGAAUGCUGUACCACCGGUAUCAGUCUUGCAGCCCAUAUCUUCUAUAUUAAUAAAUUUUAACAAUAAGAGGGUCCCCAAGUUGCAAGCUGAGGAUCAAGCUGUGUGGUGGGACACACUUAGCAAAAUGCAGAAACUUUUCCGCAAGGCUUCGUUACAACUAUUUAAUGCUGGCAAAAUCGAUAAGGAUACUAUGCACAACUAUUUUAUGUCCGUUACCGAAAGAGAAGUAAUCAACGGCAUUUUGAAUGUCAAAAAUACAAAAAGCCAUUGCCUGGCCUACGUCAGAUACAUCAACAACAUUAAUCUCCAGAAUCUGAAGAAAGCCAGCAACUUUGUCGAUAUUAUCAAUAGGAGUUUAGAUGCUGAGGCUUCGAAACUACUCGCUGAUCUGAGAGAUGUUAGGCUGACAGAGAAAAUUGAGACGACAAAUUUUCAGAAGUAUACAGUAGAAUGGAUUGGACGAGAGGGUUUGGACCCAGAAAGUCAUGGCGAAUAUCUUAAUCACUUUAUAUCUCACUUCUACAAGAAUAUUAUCAAACUCGUUGACAGAGCAAUGCGCAAAGAAGACAGCAGUGCCCAAGGUCAAAUUGUCACUGAGAUUCUGCAGCAUCUUCACGCUUGCAAUAACUCUGUAAAAGUCUUCCAUGGGAGAGCACCUGAUCUCAACUUUAUAGAGAACUAUAUGAAGAACAACUCGGAUAAACCUUUGGUGUUGUACGGAGAAGGUGGAUGCGGUAAAACCAGUCUCUUAUCCAAAAGUGCAGCCAUGUCACUGAACAUCUGGUUUGCUGACGUACGGCCUACGAAUAUAAUUCGGUUUCUUGGUACUACUCCUGACUCCAGCGCUCUCACGCCUACUCUAAUAUCAAUAUGUCAACAGAUAUCCUACAACUUUGCGCUACCUUUCGAGUCCAUCCCAGAUGACCUCGUGCCAUUGACAGCACACUUCAAGCAUCUCAUCACGUUGGCUACACAACAGCAGCCUCUGCUUCUGUUCUUGGAUUCAGUUGACCAACUGACUGGAAUCGGCACGGAGAAUAACAAGGUUUCAUGGCUGCCAACAAGAUUGCCGCAGCAUUGCAAGAUUAUCGUUACCUGCGCAUCUGAAGAAGCAAAUCCAGAGGUCUCCAAGGAGUAUAAUGUGCUUCGCCAAAUGAUUGAUUCUGAAGAAAACUUUUUAGAAGUUAAGGCUUUGGGGGAAGAUCUGGCCAUGCAAGUUCUGAAGCUAUGGAUGGCUUCAGCUGCUCGUGAUUUAUCGAAUUAUCAGUGGCGUUUGGUGUCUAACGCCAUUUCUUCUUGUUCGCUACCUAUAUUCGUCAAACUGGUUUUUGCCGAGCAUGGUCGACUCCUAGUCUUUCACGCGUUAGCUUACAUCACGGCAGCACGCAGUGGUCUGUCUGAGACAGAACUCGAAGAUCUGAUCUCUUUAGAUGACAAAGUAUUGGAUGAUGUCUAUCAAUACCAUUUGCCACCAGUCAGAAGAAUCCCACCAUUGCUAUGGACUAGGAUCCGCAACGACCUUCCGAACUAUUUAUCUGAACGAGAAGCUGAUGGCGUUUCAGUAAUGAACUGGUAUCACAGGCAGUUUCGAGACACCGCACGAGAAAGAUACUUCAAGAACAUGAAUAUGGCUAUGUACUUCCACUCAAUGAUUGCGGACUAUUAUCUGGGUAUUUGGGGAGGCGGUACACCAAAGCCAUUUAAAUAUACGGAGAUCCAACGCCACAGAUUUAAUCUAGCUGACAGAGAAGGUGUUGCUGAUAGGAAGGUGCCUCUGCAACCUCUGGUCUUCACAUCCGCUGAUGGUUCUAUGAAGAGAUAUAACUUGAGGAAGUUCGGUGAGUUACCUUUUCAUCUGGUUCGUUCUAAACGCUUCACGGACUUAUACGCUGAAGUGUUAUUCAAUUACGAAUGGCUUCAUGCAAAACUUAAUUGCUGCCCACUACAAGCAGUCCUCGCUGACUUUGAAGAUGCCAAGCAACAUGUCAAUAAGGAUGCUGUGAGGGAACUUAUGUUAGUAGCAGAUGCUCUACGUCUUGGAGGUGCCAUCCUCGGAACGUAUCCUGAUAUGUUGGCCCCACAGUUGGUGGGUCGAUUGAUACCUGAAUCUUCUAACAAUCCUGCAAUAGCCUCACUACUGAAGCAAUGCAAUCACAACGGCAAAUUUCACUGCGCAUUGCUACCAUCUCAUCACUGUCUACAUACCCCUGGUGGACCAUUGAAGUAUUCUUUAGAAGGUCAUCAAUUUGCUGUCUUUGCGUUCCGCCUUAGCUCAGACAAACGAUUUGUUGUCUCUAUCUCCAGUAGGGUCAUAUCUUGGGAUCUAUCAACGUCAGAUUUAGCUAGAGACCUCUGCCCUCAACUUGAAGGCAUUAUGCAGAAUUUAGAACUGUCUCCGGAUAACAAAUGGGCUGCAGCAUCUACAAACAAUUCUGUCUCAUUGCUGCUCAAUAUGCUGACCAGUGAAUACGUUACAAUUGAAAAUCCUCUCGAAGAAGAUGAAACAGUUCGAGGUGUAACUGUCAUGAACCAUCAUAUGAUCAUAUACGGCCCGAAGUCUUGGGUACAGUAUAAUAUGAGAGGCGAACAUGAACAAACGUUACCUGUUCCUGAUACCGCGCCUUAUGAGAAAGAUUUCUGGGAGAUACUAUCGAUUGAAUUUCGUGAUCUACAAAACUUUUACUUGGUCCUGUGGAGCGGGGAUUUGGACGAAGAUCGACUUCUAGUGCAGUUCUGUAAAGAGGGAGAGUGGAUGAAGCCACUAAGAUGCCGAGGGGCUUUAGCUAUGAAUAAGUAUUGGACUAAAAUAUACACCAGUGAUCCUGAGAGAGGAUAUCAGAUCACAAUCUUUGAAUUAAACGAAGAAGAGAAACGUUGGGAUAAAUUUGAAGAACUUUAUCACCUAGAAACAGAUACUGCUGAAGCAAUGCUUCAGUUAAAACGUGGCCGAAAAGAUCGAAUGUUACUAGCAACAACUACUUACAGUUUCGUUGUAUGGGACUUUAAUGUCACCAUACCGAGAGUUAAACCUGAGCCACCACCAAAAAUAGAAGACCCAUUUAAACCUAAAAUUGAGCAAGAAGAGAAGGAACCAGAAGACGAACCAGAAAUAGACCACCGUGUGCAUGGUAUAGUGCUAAAAUUGCCACAUACUAUUCGCAACAUUUCCACCAAGAUGACGUUUUCCAAUUCAUUUAUGAUCAGCAAUAACAACACGUAUGCUGUCGCUGGAGUCAGGAAGAGUCUUUACGUCUGGUCUAUGGAGACGACAAAGCUCAUCAAGAUCUUAGAUGCUCAUUUCGGCAGGAUUGUCCAGCUGGAGCCCUUGACUGUGGGUACAUGGAACAAUGUGAUUACCUCUUCCAUUGACCGUACUGUGAAGAUAUGGAAUAUUGACAACAUUUUUGAACAAGUUCACAAAAUUGAUCGACAAGAAUUGCCCAUCGAUUCUAUCAGUUUGGCUCGUGAUAAGUGCCUAGCAGUUACUGUGACUCGAAGCUGUUGGGGACUAUGGGACACCAGUACUGGGAAGCUCUUGGCGCAAUUAGCUGAAGCGCCGCUGGGAGCUAUAGUAACCCAUGCAGUCAUUACUCCAAGUGGUGACAACGUUAUAACUGCUGAAUCAGGAAAUGUGAUCAUUUGGGAUACCCCAGAAAAACAGGCUGUAUUUAAAGAAGAACAAAAAGGGAUCAAACAAGUAUUACUGUUAGAAGAUGGCACAAAAUUCAUCACUAUAUCCACGCUCGUGUCAACAGCAAAUGUGGAUUGUAUAGGUGUGGCAAAUAUAAUCGCACGAACUAUUCCUGAUGGUGAAAAAAUUUACACAGCAGAGUAUGACCUACGAGGUACAGGAUAUAAAGGAGCAGUGGUUUCUGCCGAUGAACAUCAUAUUGUAGCCCCAGGAGUUGAUAAAAAUGCCAAAGACUGUCUUCAUGUGUUCCACGCGAGGACUGGAGCCAGGUUACACAGGAUUCCUAUAAAGAAUAGUGGCAUUAAAGAUAUGCAAUCGAUUACGGCGUUACCACAUAAACCUCUGUGGGUGGCCGUAGUAGGCAAUGAUAAGGCAGGCAUUCUGGACAUCAAGACAAAAAGACAUAUAAGAGUGGUACCCCGCUGGAAUGGAGCCUGCACCAAAGAUGGCAAAAUUGGGCUUUGUGCUCCUUCCCGAGGAGGGUUGGACCUUAUAGAACUGAAAAGAGGAACCUCUACACAACAGCUGAUAUACCGAGCCGCUGAAGGAGUAUUCUCCAUCAUUACUAUGUUCAGUUCUACUGAUCAGUAUGUUUUCUAUUAUCAUAGUGGGCGAAAAACUUUGAGAGUAUUCCGAACGGUCGAUGGUCGCGCUAUAGCGGAAUACCGAGCUCCAGCUGAAGUGACAGGAGUCGCAAGCGCUCACGGAGGAAAGGCAGUCGCCAUUGGAUCACAAGAUGGCUGCCUUACUAUACUAGAUAUUGUUGAUCCGAAUGAGUGA